GAAGUGUUUAAUUUCAACAAUAAAUCAUUAAAAAUCAAAAAUAGAUUAAUUGCAUUUCGUAGGUUAUAAUGUUUGUUGAUAUUUUGAUUCAUAUUGAGACACGUUGACAAUGAUUUUUUUAGUUCCUUGGAUCUAAAAAAAACAUUUGUGAUUGUGAACUAUGUGAUUAGUUGUGAACAACUGCUACGGGUGUUUGUUUAGUAUAAAUUAACAAAAAAUAGAUAAGUUCAUUCUAAGGAGUAGCGUUGUCAGCAACAAUAAAACAUGGAGAUUCACAACAAAGUUUUUAAAUCCAAUAUCACGAGGACCGCCUGUAUACCAAAAAAUAAUCUAUACGAACUUAUUAAUACUUCUCCCGUUGCUCCUCUUGUAAUAGAAACAAAAGAACUAGAAACAUGUGAUUUUAAACCGAAAACAGACAAAUUCUAUCUAUCGAAGAAAAAAUCCAAACAAAAAGUAAAAACUGUCAGAGAUAUCAGAAACUUAUUUGAGAUAGACAUGUAUAACUUAUUUUCGGUUGAGGUCGAGAAGCAGGCAGCUACUUUAUUAAGAAAAAUAAAAUCUGGGCUUGCUAAUGACGAAUGUACACGAAAACUUGCAAAAAGUAUUUUGAAAUCUGAUACACCUAUAAGCAGAUCUGCCUGGCAAAUGUUGUCAACUAUUAAUCCAGAUGGACACAAAAAUCCUAAGCAAUAUGUGUUAUUAGACAACAAACACGUUUUGGUUAAUGGGAGCAAAGGAGGAGAACAGAAAAUCAUUGAUCAGAUAAACGAGAAAAUAUCAAUAAAGAAGACAACUGUUGCUAUGAAAAAGAAUCAUAGAAAAAAAGGAUUAUUACAAAAUUCCUUAAUAGUAAAAUUUAAACCAGGGCCGCUCCAAAAGAAAAAAUAUCUAGAUGAUUCUCACCAAAAAUAUAAUGUCGGUAAUACUGAAUUGGUAAAUCUUCCUAAACUCGGCCUUUCUGUAAGUCCUGCUUACGGUGUGACGCUGGAUUCUAAUGUGACAAAUUUUUUAAAUAAUUUACGCGAUAAAGACGGAACUUUGACUCAAAACUGGGCCGAAUUUGCUGUGACAGCUUUAGGAACACUAAAAGACUGUAAUCCAAUUCAAAAUGACGAUCGAGCUGUUACAUUUAACAUAGACUAUAGACUAAAUCAGAGAAGAAUUUUGAUGCGACGAGAUGUCAUUAAUAAAACUGAUGUUUUCCCAGCUGAAAACAAAAAAACUGAAUCGCAAAUUUCUUUAGAUGAUCAAAGUUGCGCCGUUUCUGUAGCAGCUGAAGUUCGUAGUAUAAUGGAUAAAAUUUUAAAUUCAGUUGAAAUAAGUAUUGAACAAGAUACGUUUUUCACAGGAGCAGAUGAACCUCGAGAGGUUAUUUAUGAUGACUCUACUAAUUUAGCGAAAGGAAAGAACAAAAAGAGAUAUUGUGAAUUAGACAGACUUGAUGUUACAGUUAUUCGAUUACCGGAAAAGAAAAUUCAUGAAAAACAAAUAUGCAAUAAAUCACAUUGUUCACUUGGGUGUAUAUGUAAAUCUUUAGAAUGCAGUUAUAAUUUAAAAAAUCAUUGCGGUCUUAUAGAAUGUAUGUUCGAAUGCAAAUGUGACUUUUCAGAUUAUAGAACUACAGAGUGUCUGCCAAAUGAUUGCCAAGAAUUAAUACCUGGGUUGAUCAACUUUAAUAAUGAAAUCAAUUUAAAAUUGGCUAAAGAAGAAAAAAAGUUUAAACAAACUGUUGUAAUGGCUGGUGAAAAAAGUAUCGUGUUGAAAGCAAGAAAAAGAAAUUGCAAAAUAACAAAAAAAUAUGCUGAGUAUCAUGCGAAUAUGAAACGGUUUAAAAGAGACCCUGAAGCCGGCCCAGAAAUUAUCGUUGUGGCUCACAAAUUAAAUUGUACCAAUAUAGAACCUUGGUGCAUGGUUCAUAAUUUGUAUAAAUGUUUCUGUAAAGGUAGAUUUACAACUAAUUUACAAUGUUUGGAUGGUGACGAGAAGUUUGUGAAUAAAAGUUUUCCAAGCAAAUCAGAGGCGUUAAACAAUGAUCAAUCGUUGAAACAACUAAUAAAAAUUGACGAUAUUGACAAAAUCCACACAAACUAUUUAAAGAAUAAAAAAAGAGACGAACAACCUGAAAUCCUUGACAGCUUUGAGCUUAAUGAACUUAGUACUUGUGCCAGGAUUAAUCCUUACCAAGGUAGAAAUCAUGACGAAAAUUACUAUAAAGAAGUACAAGGUAAAAUUAUCAAUAUGGAGAAAAACGAUCGGCAAUUAGCGAAAAGAAUGAUAAAGUUACAAAAUAUUUCAGAAAAUAAGGAACACGAUGAUUGCUCUGUAAUAGAGCCGGAAGAUAAAAACAUUAAAUUUGAAAUUAUAGAUGAUAACUAUGAAAAUGAUCUUGGUGAACUGAAGGACAUUAACGAAGUAAAUUCUUCAGAACCUCUGAAUUUAGUUGAAAUUAUUAACAAUUUAUGGAAUAAAAAUAAGGGUCCCAAUUAUAUUAGAAGUGCAAAAUACAAAAAAAAUUUAGUACGAUGGUUUGAAUCAUCGUAUAAGCUUUACAAAAACAAAGUUAAGGAAGGUUUCAAGAUAUGCUUAGAAGCUCCAAGAAUAGGAAAAUUAGCGUUGCAUCCAUGGGAAUUUAUUCUUAGCAGAUAUAGAGAAAGGAAGAAUUUUUUUAUGGUUUCUAAAACUGAACCGUUCCGAAUAUUUCUAUCCGUUAAUUUGAAAAAUCCCUUCUUUAAUGACUGCAUCAACAUUGACAAAAUAAGAUUUGUGGACCUUCAAAAAUAUCCCUUAACUAUAAAAAAUCUACUAACUAAUGCAACUGAUCUAGAAGAGAAUUAUUGCAUUUUGUACGGUUUUUCGGAUUGGUGGGAGUUAAUCGGUACAGUCUCAAAAAUAAGGAGUAAGGGUGAAAAAACCAUCGAUAACCAGACUAGUAGCUUAAAAUCACCUAAACCACGCUUCUCAUCUGGUGAUGAAACUUCUAAUUUUGCAAAGUCAGACGAAGAUUCUGAUACAUGGUCCUAUUUAGUUCCUGACGAUGAUGAAGAUACUGACCAAAUGGUGUUGUCUAAUGAACCAGGUGCACUUAUUUCAGAACCAAAGUCUUCUUUAAAACAGUCGAUGAGUGAAAGUACAACAUCGUCAACAAUUACAAUUAAUGCAAAUCAAGAAAACGUUCCUUCCAAAAAUUGUUCAACUUUCAAUAAAAACAAAGAAGGUUGUUCAAAGUGGUUCAUGAUGACUGUAGAAAAUGAUUUUAGUGAAAUCCGCUUCAACAAUGGUGGAUUUUUUGUUACUUAUGACAAAAUUGUAAAAGCGAUCAAUGUUGCCCGUAUCUCUGGUAAAGCUGUUAGAUUAUCGUCACAAAAAUGUGCUCCAAAAAACAGUGGCCCCCAAUACGGUUUAUAUGCCAUUCCGGAUUCUAAUGAAUAUUGUGUAUUCAUAGGGCCAUAUGAACCCAAUGAAUCGUUGGGUAUACAAACUAUUAAAACAAUUUUACAUCUACGAAAACAAAACAAAACCCGAGGUAUUUGGAUAACUACAGACAAAAUUGAUAAUCAUAAGCUUAUACAUAAUCCUAUGUCAUUCAUUCCUAACCUGAAAGACGGUUGCAGUGAAAUGUUGCCACUGCAAAAUUAUAGUAGUUCUCACAGUACAGAACCAAUCGAUAUUAAAAAGACAGGCAGAAUCAAGGUAACAGUACUUGAUAAAAAAACUUUAAGCGAUACUGAGCUUUCACCUGAAAAGAACACAAAAAAAUUACCCACCAUAAAUAUAAAGAGAACUAAUGAUUUCUAUCACAUCGGUUCUAAUGGUAACAUUAAAACGGUAACAAAUUGGAAUCCCCAUUUACUUGUUGAUAAUAAUAAGCCAACCGCGAGUUCUGUGUCCAGCGAAUCUUCAAUAGAAAAUAAUGAUAGUUCAAACAAUACUCCGAUAAGUCAAAAAUCAGAUUCACAUCCAAAAACACUUUCUUCUACAGUUCCAGCAUUUAAGUUCCCGCAAAGGGGGAUGUUUGUUUUAAAACCUGAACAAAUCAAUAAUAAAUUACUAUUAUCCAAUACUCUAAGCAAGGUCUUGAACAAAAAUCCAGAAGUCUACGAAGAGAUAAAAAAUAUUAAGGAUGAUAUAAAACCACUUGAUAUUAAUAUGUCAGAGGAUGUUCUUAUAAUUUCCGAUGAUGAUGACGAUGAUGGUGAUUCAAAAAGUCUUAUUAAUGAUCCUGAGAAUGACUGUGAGAAAAUAACAGAAGUUUGGAUACAGUGCAGUAAUGUGUUAAACUUUGGUUGGAUAAAAGGGACAAGAAAUAGUGAAAAUCUUAUAAGCUUGCAAUUUCCAGGAUUUUACCCCACAAGUUAUUAUCAAGAGUCGGAAGUCUUCACUAAAAUCAAUGGAGUGCUGUGUGGCAUAAUUCAAGUUCCCAAAAAUUUCGUUUUCGAAUGGCAGGUACUGGAAUCGGAAAAUGAACUUGAUAGUGAACCUUUGGAAAUUAGUAAUUUUAAAUCAACUAAGAAUAUAAUAAGGAAAAGUAUUAAGAACAAAUUUGAAGUAAUUAAAUCCCAAGAGUUACUUGGAGAGUCAUCGAAUAAUAGCCAAAUUACUUUAAACGACUUUAGUUCCAGUGCAAAUUUAAAUACUUCUAAAGAGAUGUCAGAUUUCAUAAACGAUUUAGAAAUAAAAAGUCAGAUGCUCGAAAACGAAGGUACAACAAUGUGGAAUGCAACGAUGAUGAAAAAAGAGGAAAUAUUAUCGUCACUAACCGAUACAAAUUUAACGGAAUCAUUAACUGAAAAGCUAAAAGUGAUUAAAUCCAUGGCUGAAGACGAAUAAAUAUGUUUGUAGUAAUAAAAACCUAUGUAUAAAUAGGAAACCAACCACAAAUACCAUAUGUACGCAUUGAUGACCCCGUUGCCAAUGGAUUCAGCUUUUGUGACGACUGAAAUCUGGCUGCUUGAUCUAAAUGUGAAAUGAAACUAAUCACUCAGAUACAUUGCAUCAUUUUAGCUGAAUUUGAAUAUUGUAUAAUGAAAACCUAAAGUAAACUAACCCUAGACACGUAUUUCAGUAGAUGCUUCUCCGAAUCUGACUACUUACUUCGUUCAGUUCACCUGGAAAAUCAUAAUCCCUGAAACAGCAGGCUCUAGAUUCUGCGAUUUAUUCUUGUCAAUUGAAAUAUUUUUUUUUCAUUGGCCAAACAAUUGGUAAAGACAUUGGCCCUGGGUGAAUCGAAUUAAAUUACAUGAAAGAUCGAGUUGGGGAGAGGAACUUUUUCAACUUAAUUUACAAUUCUAACUGCAAUUGGAGGUGUUUGAGGAGAGAUACCGAUUCUUGCAGUCUAUUGAGAUUGUAAAUUUUGACCACCAUUGUCCUUCAGUGGGCCCAUCAAACGCGAAAUUUUCUAGUUACGAUGAGGCCUAAAGACGAUAAAGCAGUUCCUUAUCCUUGAAUGCUUUUGAGUGAUAGACACGGAUAAACCUAUGCCUGGAGUACUGCACUGAGAAUAGAGCAAAAACUUCUUGAUCUGAGAUAUUCUUGUAGAUGCUAUGUGAGGUACUCUAGCGCCCAGAAACUGGGUUUUUUGGGCAACAGAUAUCGUUCUAAUAGUUAUCGUUUCCUUGAUCGAUUGUACCUUCCUGAGGCUACUUGCACGUCAGGUUGAUGAACUAGACAAGAUUAAGAUGCAGUAGAUAUAUCGGCUAGUUAGUAUGCGAAACUAGAGUUAGAAUGUGCCAUUAUGACAGUAACAGCUACCUUGACCUUGACCUUGACGUAUGACAGGGGUGAUGUGUUGUGGUUCUUCUAUAUACUUGAGAGGAAGAAUUAGAUAGUAGAAUAAGUUAGUAGAAUCUACCUGGAAAACUUCCGGAGUUUAUUCUGAAAGAUGAGUUGCUCGAAACAUUGUUUCGAUUAUUAGUUUUGGCAACUCAUGAACGAGGUGAUAGACUUGAAGUAGAUUUUUUAAAGUAAUACCUAGUAGUAAUUUUUUAAGUAGACUGUAAUGUUUUGCGUCCAAAGAGUUACACGAACUUCUGUUAUCUGUUUGAAUUUGGUCAGCUUAAAAACCUUUAUACCAGGCCACAAAAGAAAAGGAGUUCGAAUUUGGUGUUAAAAAAAAUUUAAUAUAUGGACGUUCUUUAUCUUUGAACUUCCAUUACGGCUGGAACUGGUUUGAUUUGCCAGAACUGUAUUUGUUGUACCGAAUUUUGUUAAUCGGAACUUGUGUGUAUGUAAGCUCAUGUUGAAAAUGUCAACAAUAUUUUACGAUUCAGAAUACUGCAUUAGCCUCCCUGAAGUGCCAACCAUAAAUGUAUAAAACAUAGCCUCAACUUGAAUGUAAAAGACGCGCGAACGCAAAGAACUUUAACAAACAAAGAAAUGACCAUUCGUAUUUGCACACAUUAUUAUUUGGAACAUUCGGGUAGGUAUAGCCUCUUCUUAAAAACGCCUGAUUCAGGUAAGUUUGACCCAAAAUAAUUUGGGUUACAGUUAUAAAUGUGAAACAUUCCGUUUGAAUCUUUAUUUUUUGCAAUUUCAAUGUCAAUGUUGACCGAAUGGGUCAAUUAGUUCAGAUGACAUUGAUAGCGAACGUCCGUCAGCACAUCAGUCAAACGAUCAACGUCAGUGUUACGUGUGCUUAAAGGCCUGUAGAGUUGUUAGAUUGUAAGCAAGCUCAUACGAGUACCCCACCUGAAUAUAAUAGUAUUAAUGUAAGAUAUAAAUAGGAUAUAAUAUCGUUUAAAGUAUAAAUAUAUUCCUUUUAUUCUAAAAUAGAAUAAUGAGAACGUAAGUUUAUAUAAGUGUACGAUUAAGUGAAAUACUACGAGUUGAAAAAAAAAAUUAAUACUUUUUAACUUAGGUUAAAGUACCUACGUUUUAAAGAUUUUGUACUGCUUUAAUUGAUUCACGUUCACUUAAUACGGACUGAUUAUAAUAAGAAAAAAAUAUAUAUUUAAAAAUAUAUUUUCAAAUAGUUAUUUUAUUGUUAGUCGUUUUUUGAUGUUUUAGUUCUUUUUUUUAUUGCCCUUGUAGGCAGACGAGCAUACAGCCCACCUGAUGGUGAGUGGUUACCGUCGCCCAUGGACUUCAGCAAUGCCAGGGGCAGAGCCAGGCCGCUGCCUACCGCUAAUGUUCAUAUGUGAUUCGUUCGAUAGUGAUGUUAAUUUUGAUUGUAUAAUGUAGCUAAGUUUAAUUUUAGUUUGAUAACUAUGUUUUUAAUAAUAAGGUAGAUUAAACCUAACGUGAACUAAGAUUAAAAUGAUUUUUGAUUUUUUAAACUUGGACAUAAUCCUGAAAGUGAUACCAUCAGAAAUAUAAAGUGUAUUUAGGAUGUACUAUGUAUCUAAAACUAGUUUAUAUCUGUGAUAUUAUGUUAAAAGUCUAAUUAUAAAAGCAGUAUAAGUACUUUGAAACGCACGGUUGUAAUAAAUAAAUAAAUGUAAAACAAAUAAAA